CGGAAUUAAUUCCGAGUUCGGAGCAAAUGCUAUUUCAUCAGGUGGUGUUGGUGGGAUUCUUAAGAAGCGUGCUGACGAUGAUGAUAAGCAAAAGCAUGGUGAAAAUAAUGUCUUCGGAUUAUUUAAACGUGGAAUUGUUCCCGGCUCUGCCAGUUCUAUUCUACCAUUUCUAGGAGCAAUGGAUGGAUUUGGAACAUAUUGA